AUGAAGUUUCUCGUGUUGACUUGUGCACUCGUUGCAACAACGUCUGCAGCUCUCCAGGGAUACAGUCUGCAAAGACCAUCUGGUUCUACACUAUCUACUGGGCCAGGACAAACAACGGGAAGUGGAUUUUCUGUAGGAGUCAGCGGUGGACAUGGAGUUGGAAAUGGUAUUUCAGCUGGUGCAGGGCUUGGCGUAGGUGGCUUUUCCUCUGGGUUUGGUCAGGCCGCAGGAACCGGCCUCUCCGUUGCAGGAGGUGAGGGUGCUGCAAUUUUGGAACCAUGUGGAGAAGGACAAGUUCGACAUGUGGACGGUUCUUGCGUUACACCAGUUGUUAACAGUAAAGUAUAUGUCUUUGAUGUCCCUGAACAAAAAGAACCUAUUGGUCCUCCACCAAGCAUUCCUCCUCCAAGAGUUGACCAUAACAUUCUCUUCGUCCGGCUUCCCGAAGAAGGAGAAGGACCUGAACCCAUCGUUGUUCCUCCACCAAGGCAGGAGAACAUCGUCUAUGUACUCAACAAAAAGGACGAACAAGCUCAGCGUGUUAUCGAGGUACCUGCUCAUCCUCCAUCUGAUCCUGAAAUCUACUUCGUCAAUUAUGAAGAGGGUGAGAACCCAACUCUACCCAUUGGCGUGGAUCUCAAUACUGCCCUUGGUUCAGCUGCUGAAGCUGGUGGACAAGUAAUUGGAGCCGCCGGCUCUGGAUUAGGCGGCAACAUUGGAGGAGUGGCUGGAGUAGGUGGAAGCAGUGGAUUUGGAACGGUUAGCGGAGGAUCGGGUGGAAUUGGUACAGGAAGUGGAUUUGGAACAGUUAGCGGAGGAGUAGGUGGAGCUGGUGUAGGCAGCGGAUUUGGUACUGUGAGCGGAGGAUUUGCAGGAGGUAAUGUUGGUCCGGGAAGUAGCUUCCAGGUUGGUGGUGGUGUAAGUGGUUCCCAGACUGGUUCUCAAAUCAGUGUAGGUACCUCUCCUUCUGGUCUCUACUCCACUCCCUAAAUGAAACGCUAGUCAUGUAAUCUAAGUUAUGAAAGUAUGCUUUUAGUAUCUCUCAAAAUACAAGUAAAAUUAUGGUCA